AUGCUUGCAGAGGAAGUUGCUUUGUCAUAUAUGCCGUUCUCAUCAUGUUGCAAGGCUUAUAUCUCCGACUGUGUCAUGACCAAGCGUCUCGUCAUGGCCAUUGAGCCGACCAACCCCGAUCUCGCGCCGUUUGGCGCUGACAAGACCGAGUCGGCUGUCUUCAACAUCUCAUCGGGCGUCACGGUUGUCGAGGCCCAGUCGCUGGCCACAGUGGCCGUUGAGCAGCUGGCGUCAGCUGGCACGAUCCUGGCUACCAACGGCGAGGAGCUGAACAUUGUCUACGCGCUGUCCACUGUCCACCUAGUUGGUCAGUAG